GCAUUUCGAAAAUUGCAUACCAACCAAGGACAGUGAUCAAGAACAGCCAGGACAUCUACGACAUUUGACGAGAAAUAGGAAAGUUAUUGCCAGUAAAAUGCCGUUAGUAGUAAUCUGUGGCCUCCCUUCUUCUGGGAAGACGACCAGAGCUCAACAACUCAAAAAAUAUUUCGAAGAUAAAGGGCGAACCGUUGUUAUAAUCGACGAUGAAAUAGUCGGUGCGGAAAAAAAUGAUGUAUAUGCCAGUUCGAUAAAGGAGAAAUCAAUCAGAGCUUCGCUGAAGGCAGCAGUUGAAAGGUGCAUUUCAAGAGAUGACAUCACAAUUCUAGACUCACUGAACUAUAUCAAGGGCUAUAGAUAUGAACUUCAUUGUGUAGUCAAGUCUCAAAAAACACUGCACUGCUUAUUACAAACUAUUGUUCACGAAGAGCAAUGUGUGGAAUGGAAUAACAAAAGAGGAGACACAAAUAAGUACACAGAUGAAAUAUGCAGAGAGCUGAUCAUGAGGUUUGAGCCUCCAGAUUCAAGAAAUAGAUGGGAUUCGCCUUUAUUUUCUGUUAAACCAGAAAAUGAUAUACCUUUUGAUGAAAUAGAAACUGCUCUCUUCGCUAGAAAGGCACCACCUCCAAACCAGUCCACCAUGAAUACCCCCCUUAGUGCUGUGAAUUUUCUUUACGAACUGGAUCGCAUUACACAAGAAGUUGUGAUGAGCUUGUUAGAUGCACAGAAGACAGCAUGUGUUGGGGAUACAAUAAAAAUCCCAAAUGCCAAAGAUGGAAUUGUGCUGUUGAAGACUUUUAAUAUGGCAGAACUCAGAAGACUGAAAAAGCAAUUUCUGACUUAUACUAAAAUGCAUCCAGUUGAAGAUACAACAAAAAUAGGAAAUAUGUUUGUACAAUACAUUAACAGCAGUAGAUGAAAUAUUUUUGUUUUAUGAAUGUAUGCAUAUGUCUUUGUUCAUCAUUAUGCCUUUUUAGAUCUUGAAACAAUCUGUUUUAAAGUUUAAUAAAUUCUAAUAGACAGGGCCCACGCCACGAAUUUGAAAGUGGGGGCCAAGGCUAAUGAAAGUGGGGGACCAAAGGUACUUUCACCUUUGAUUGUAGCUUUGAAAUUACCUGUUUCACAAAAAAGUGGGGGCCAUGGCCACCCUAGCCCCCCUGGUGGCGUGUGCCCUGAUAGAUCACUGCAACAGGGAUUAGACUUCCUCCAAAUCCCUUAUCUCGUUGAGUAGUAAACCAAAUGGUUUCGAGAGUGAACAAAGAAAGCGAGUGACUCGUGUUGAGAGUAAUCACUGACUAAAUUACUAAACGCAAGACUAAGUGUUCUAAACAAACGAAAGCGGGGUAUAGGGUUAGUAUAAUAAUGAUGUAUGUUAAUUAAUGACAUAUAUUCCUACUACAUCACAGGGGAAGGGGUCGGGUUGAAAUAGUCUUGUUGAUUCUUUGUCUUAUAUGAUACAUACAAGUGACAAUCUUUAUUAUGCAAUUGUCACGUGCGUAGCAACUAGGAGUAGGAGGGUCAAUACAACGAAAGAAAAAUGUAAAAAUAGUUCACUCUUCAUCAUUAACAAGGGACUCAGCACCCCCCCCCCUCAG